AUGGCAGCCUUGGCGGCUGUUAUCGACACAGGCGCGGUAGGUGACAAGAGUAUCAGUCUUUUCUACAACACGAGCGGGGCGCUAUUCGCUCUCUCCCUCAAGUCUAGCACAGACAACGACAAUGAGACUGAAGACACCUGGGAAACGGCCGACGACCAUUACAAUAGGUAUAUACUGAAUCCCUCUUCCAUCGCGGCCGCCUAUUACCGUGGGCUUAAAUUCGUGGUCGCUAUGACGAUGCCUAAGCAGGGAGACCCGGAGAGUGAUGUCCAAAUCUCUCUUAUUUCGCCCAUAUGUCAAAAACUCUUGCCUGGAACGUUUGAGAAUAACCACGUUGGCUUGGGAACGACCCCGGAUGGAAAUGAAGGCUGGCUCUAUUAUCUUGUUGAUGUAUCUAAUAACGUCAAGAAUGUGAUGGAGUUUGAUCUCGGUACAAGGAAAUCCGUGGCUCUGAAUGCCAUUACUCAAGUGAUGAACAACAGCUCGCUAGCAGCUUGGUACGACCCGGAACAGAGCCAGCGACAUAUUAUCUAUGAGGCCGGAGCUAUUCUUGACUACGCAGUAGGAGCACUAACCCCUGUGACAUUGCCUAUAAGUGACUUCGCCCGCAAUUCAUCCCUCGCAGUCACUUACUCCAGUUCGACUAAGAAGACCUAUCUUUACUACUACGAUGUAUACCAGGCUUUAAAGCGGUGCACAUAUAGUGGAAGCAGCUGGGCCCUUCCGGAAGCGGUCCCCGGUGCGCCGCCUUCAGUGGCUGAGAAUAGUCAGAUCACCGUUGUGGAGGCAAACGGAUCCAACCACGUAUUCUAUAUUGCCAAGGAUAUGGGACAGCAGGUGCCUGAGGGCCAAAGCCCUUUCACACAUAUUCUUGACACAGUUAGCUGA